AUGUCGUCUCCACACGAAACCAGAGUCCAAGACUUUGCAUCCGCUCCACCCGCUCCCGACCAGCCAGAGCGGUCUGCCUCAGAUUCGGCCGCGCCUCCACAUUUGACCAUCGAUACACAGCUCGACGAGCAGAGACGUCGCGGCCGCUCUGCAACUGCCACAACCGCGACUGCGGCACAUCCCAACCCAGAGGAACUCCUUUCCCCUGAUCGCUUCUCGGUAGACUCGACCCUGCGCCGACGCAUAACGCGCUCGCACACGGUAAAGCACUACAGUCCCCACCAGUCCCCUACGCGCCCAUACCAGCACCAGGAGCCAGGUGCUGAGCCGGGUGUCGACACAAAGAACGAAACCGAAGCAGCCAACUACCACCACCUCUACGCGCGAUGCCAAAUUACCGUUGUAGACUUCUCCGACGAGCGCGUCGAGUGCCAUGAACUGGACAAUGAUACACUCGAGGACUUUCUCAACUACCCAAAAGAAGACUGGGUGGCAUGUCGGUGGAUCAACGUCAACGGCUUGUCCUGGGACGUGAUUCGCACCCUGGGAAACCACAAGCAAUUGCACAGGCUGGCGAUUGAGGAUUUGAUGAGCACCCAGAGCAGGACCAAGGUGGACUGGUACUCUGACCAGGCCUUCUUGCUCCUGACUCUGUCUAAGCUUGUCCGGACCCCCAUGGACGAGGACUUCGAGAGCGACUCUGAUUCCGACUCUGACGACAGCGAACGACGACGGCACAAGGCCCGAUCACGGUCCCGCUCGCGCCAUUCGCAGAAGAAGAAGAAGAAGCCCAAGAAGCCAUCGCUGUUCAAGACGGCAAAGAAUCUGCUCUUUCCCAAGAGCGAGGCCAACAAGCAGACGCGCCAGGAUGAGAUGAUGAGCACACUAGACGGCCUGGAGAAGCAACUUGACGGCACGCCUUUCGAAAAGGUCAAAAUGUCCACUCCCCCAGCGACCACCGCCGUACGCACUCUCCAACGAUACCGCGGUGGUUACAACCUCGAUCGGAUUGUCUAUCUCGAACAGCACUCGGCCCUCACCGAAAAGCACCUCACGGUUAGCGUGGAGCAAGUCAGCAUCUUCUUGCUAGCCGACAACACCGUAAUCUCCUUCUUCGAGCACUCAGCCGACGACGUCGAAGACAUGAUUCUAAAACGUCUCCGAACAGAAGACACCAUCCUCCGCCGCAGCCAAGACAGCAGCAUGAUUGUGCAAGCCAUCAUCGACGCCAUUGUCGAUCUCGCCAUACCCGUGGUCGCCGCCUACGAAGACGCAAUGGGCGAGCUGGAACUCGACGUCUUGGAGGACCCUGAAUUGCACCACUCUCAGCUCCUCUACCUGCUCACUUCUGAACUGUCUAUCCUGAGAAAUACCAUUCAGCCCAUCGUCUCGCUGAUCAACUCUCUCCGCGACCACAAGGCUGAUCCCAUGGCCCAGGCUGUGCAGGCUAUGACUAUGAAUUCGCAUCCGUCGUCGAAUAAUCUCGCUACUCGCAAGACAAUGUCUAGCAUCAAUAUUAGUCCUUUGGCACACACAUAUCUUGGCGACGUGGAGGACCACUGCAUCAUGAUUACGGCCAGCCUUGAUCAAAUGCGUCGCGCAGCCGACAACCUCAUCGACCUCAUCUUCAACGUCAUGGGCGCCUACCAAAACGAAAGCAUGAAGAUACUCACCGCCGUAACCAUCUUCUUCCUCCCCUUGACUUUCCUCGUCGGAUACUUUGGUCAGAAUUUCGAACGCUUCAAUGGCGUGCAACACCACUCGGACGCCUUCUUCUGGAUCAUCGCUGUGCCCGUCAUGGUUAUCACGCUGCUUGUGCUCAUGGCCGAUCGCAUUGCGAGGAAGGUGAGGGGCUGGAUGGGCAAGCUGAAACGUCGCGAGGCUAAGAGACGAGCGGUUAGGAAGGGGAAGGUGGGUGGGAAUGGCAUUUUGGGCGAUGGGAUUGGGUUGAGCAAUGGAUUGGUGGGUGGGAAUGGAUUACUGCGUAAGGAUGGAAGUAGGGGGAUGAGUCAAGCGCAAGGGAUGAGGCAAGGGCAGGGGUUGAGGCAUAAGAGGAGGCAGACUAUGUAUAGUAAGGGGAAUAUUGGGAGUUUCUAG